CUAGACAGAGCCACUUAAUUGACCAUGAAGAUAGCCUCAAACUGCCGAUUAAAUGACUAAAAGAACAGAAGGGCGAUGAUAAAAAUAAAAGUGUGAAUACAGCCAAAUGCAAAUAUGGGAAAUAGUUCAGCUGACUAACCUGUAUUAUUUCACAAAUACUAAACUUCGGACUACUGAGAGCAGUGGUGAGCAUCACGUGUUAAAGAAACAUUAAAACCAGAAGCCCUUAUAUUUUCACUGUGGACUAGACAGCCUGAGUGAAAACAACAUGAAGCAGUGAUCGGAAGACGUUCAAAGGGUGCAUGAAGAUAUCUAAGAGAGCAUCCAGAAUGGAUCUGGAAUAUCCCAAUGGAAGUGAAGUAUCCAAAGAUAAUACCUCAGCUUUCUUUAAUUCAGAUUUCCCAUUAUGGGAAGAUUUCAAUAGCAGUGUAGAUGAUGUUCGAUACUUCUUGAUAGGGCUGUACACAUUUAUAAGUAUCUUGGGUCUCCUGGGAAAUAUUCUUAUAUUAACUGCCUUGACUAGAAAAUGGAAAGAGAAGACAAUCAUAAACUUUCUUGUUGGAAACCUUGCAUUUUCAGACAUUUUGGUUGUUUUGUUUUGUGCGCCAUUUACAUUGACUUGUGUACUGCUGGAUCACUGGGUUUUUGGAGAUGUCAUGUGCCACAUUGUUCCAUUCUUACAAUGUGUUUCUGUUAUGGUUUCAACCUUAGUACUGAUGUCAAUUGCUAUAGUUCGAUAUCACAUGAUAAGCCAUCCAUUGUCCAGACAUUUAUCUCUGAAUGCUGGAUAUAUCCUUCUUGGAAUAAUUUGGACACUUGCUCUUUCCAUCUGCUCCCCCUUGCCAGUGUUCCACAAGACAGUAGACCUGAGUGAAACAUUUCACUUAGAAUCACUAAAAAACAAGUCACUGUGCAUUGAGUCAUGGCCUUCAGGUGGGUACAGAACAGCAUUUACGAUAAGCCUGCUUUUUGUACAGUAUAUUUUGCCACUAGUGUGUCUCACAGUUAGUCAUGCCAGUGUAUGCAGAAGAGUCAGUUCCAGUGUUCCAAGCCACCUGCAGGUGCAGACAGAAGAAAAGGAAAUGAUAAAUCUGACUUUACAGCAACCCAACCAGAAGAGCUGCAUUCCCACCCAGUUCACAGACUCAGAAAAGUGGAAAUUAGUACUUGCACAAAAACAGCGAAAACGGUAUAACAAAAAGACAUCCAGUGUGGUUCCAGCCAUGUAUAGCCAUGAAAAUGAUUCUGCUGAGUACUUGCAUCCUCAAAGCCAACACCACCCUUCAACUUUGCUCUUAUCCGGUGUACCAGUGUGUUUCGAGCUAAAAGAAGAGGAAGCUACAGAGCUACAUAAAAUGCUCACUAUCUCAAAAUCAAUCUCUAGAAUGAAAAAGAGAUCCAAAAGCGUUUUCUUCAAGCUGACCAUUGUGGUUCUAGCAUUUGCUAUCAGCUGGAUGCCGCUACAUAUUUUCCAUCUUGUUACAGACUUCAGCGCAAACCACAUCUCCAGUCGACACUUUAAAUUGAUAUAUUGUAUCUGUCAUUUGCUGGGAAUGCUGUCAUGUUGCUUAAAUCCGGUUUUAUACGGGUUCUUAAAUAACGGUAUUAAAUCUGAUUUGCUAUCUCUUCUCAAGUGCUUCUACAUAUCCUAAUUACACAAUUUUGAGUAAUGUUUGCAAACUUUAUAAAUAAAAAGAAGACUCACAUUUUCCUAGAUAAUAUUUGCUUUAUACACACAUAUUAUACUGUACAUAAAGUUCAAGUAGGGAGCUGCAUCAGCAUGUACAGUAUAAGCUGCAAAGGAACA